AUGGAUAGGGAAAGGAUAUCUAAAGGGAGUGGGGGUUGGGAGCAAGAUGGGAAGAGGUCCAAGGGUAGUGGUGAUCUCGAGCAGGAGGAGCAGCAGGCAAAGGAGGAGGAGGAGGGGGAGAAGGAGGAGGAAAGGUACAAGGUGGAAGGGAAGGAGACGAAGGAGGGGAAGGAUAAGGAGGAGGAGGCGAAGGGAGGGAAUGAGGAGAAGGAGAAGGAGAAGAGUCCUCAGGAGGGGCGCAAGGUGAGUAAGCUGCAGCGAAGGCUGGAGGAUGAUGAUACAGACGAGGAGGAGGAGUGUGCAAAGGAGAGUGCGAAGGAGCAUGGGAAGGAGCGUGAGAAGCACAGGAAGGUGGGCUCCCAGGGGGAGGAUUUGAGGAGGAUCUGUGCAGAUGAGAUGCAGGGGAGUGGGAGAAGAGGGAGCGGGAGAAGAGGGAGUGGAAGGAAGGCAGGUGCAGCUGAGACUGGUUCGGCUAGAACGGAGGUUGGGAGCAAUCGGAAAAGUAGGUUGGGGGAGGUGGGGAGGCAGGAUGGUGGGAAGAUGGAGGAUGAAGGGGAGAGGGACGGGGAGAGGAAGAGGAGAGGGAAGGAGGAUAAGGUUAAAGAGACGAAGGAGAAGGAGGGGGGGAAGAAGGGUCGGAGCAAAGGCAGUGGGAGGAGGGAGAAGGCCGAGAUUCCUCUCAAGGCGACACGCGUGUUUGCGGAUAGCAGCACGGAUUGGAAUGCCGAUCCUUCUGCUGCUGCUGCUACUUCUGACGGGCUGCCUUGCAAAUCUCCCAGAAGCAUCCGCGAAGGGUCCUUCUUUGGGGGGCUGAGCAGCUUCCGAUUCACGCCUGACGUUCGGGCGUUGUGGUCCCGAACCAAAACGAUGAAUGAGAGAGAUGGGGAGGGCGAUGGCGUUAACGCGUACACAUCUUAUCGGGUGACCACCAAGUCGCCUGCGUCGGACGGCGAGGUGUACGUGAUUCGCCGGUUCUCCGACUUCGAGUGGCUGCACGACCGCCUUGGCGAUCUGUACAGGGGAGCCAUCGUGCCGCCCCUGCCCGAUAAAAACGUCGUGGAGAAGUUCCGCUUCAGCCGGGAGUUUGUGGAGAGCAGGCGGAGGGGGCUGGAGACGUUUGUCAGGCGCGUGGCGAGGCACCCUGUGCUGGGAGGCGCGGAGGAGCUGCAACACUUCCUCAAGGACAGCGAGGACCGAUGGACGAUGGAAAUGAGGAAAACCUCCGAGUCGAAGCUACUGGGAGCCAAGCCCAGCGACUUCCUGAGCCUCUUCUCCAGCGUGCAGACCACCCUGGCGAGCGCUGUGCUGGGGAGGGAGGAGGCGGCGGAGGAGGCGGAGACGGAGCGGAUGAGGCGGUACGCUGACGCCCUUGAGAAGGCCCUUUCGGACUGCCAUCGGGACGCGCUGCAGUUUGUGAAGAAACAGCGAGAGGAGGCAGAGACGGAGCGGAUGAGGCGGUACGCUGACGCCCUUGAGAAGGCCCUUUCGGACUGCCAUCGGGACGCGCUGCAGUUGGUGAAGAAACAGCGAGGGUGUGCGGGGCAUGCUGGUGUGCGGGGCAUGCUGGUGUGCCGGGCAUGCUGGUGUGCGGGGCAUGCUGGUGUGCCGGGCAUGCUGGUGUGCGGGGCAUGCUGGUGUGCCGGGCAUGCUGGUGUGCGGGGCAUGCUGGUGUGCGGGGCAUGCUGGUGUGCGGGGCAUGCUGGUGUGCGGGGCAUGCUGGUGUGCGGGGCAUGCUGGUGUGCGGGGCAUGCUGGUGUGCGGGGCAUGCUGGUGUGCGGGGCAUGCUGGUGUGCGGGGCAUGCUGGUGUGCGGGGCAUGCUGGUGUGCGGGGCAUGCUGGUGUGCGGGGCAUGCUGGUGUGCGGGGCAUGCUGGUGUGCGGGGCAUGCUGGUGUGCGGGGCAUGCUGGUGUGCGGGGCAUGCUGGUGUGCGGGGCAUGCUGGUGUGCGGGGCAUGCUGGUGUGCGGGGCAUGCUGGUGUGCGGGGCAUGCUGGUGUGCGGGGCAUGCUGGUGUGCGGGGCAUGCUGGUGUGCGGGGCAUGCUGGUGUGCGGGGCAUGCUGGUGUGCGGGGCAUGCUGGUGUGCGGGGCAUGCUGGUGUGCGGGGCAUGCUGGUGUGCGGGGCAUGCUGGUGUGCGGGGCAUGCUGGUGUGCGGGGCAUGCUGGUGUGCGGGGCAUGCUGGUGUGCGGGGCAUGCUGGUGUGCGGGGCAUGCUGGUGUGCGGGGCAUGCUGGUGUGCGGGGCAUGCUGGUGUGCGGUGCAACUGGGGAGGCGGAGCGGAGAUGGAGUAGAGCUGGGAGCGUCCAUGUGCGAGUUUGGAAAGACGCUGCAGUCUCUGGGGCAGUGGGAGGAGGGGCCCCUGGGGAAGUGCUUUAGGGAGGUUGGCAAUAAGGCGGAUAUUGUUGGCUCUGCCACACGGAACAACGCACAAGUGUUUCUAGAGAACCUUGAAGAACCUCUUAAGGAGUAUGUCCGAUUCGUUUCGUCAUUGAAGAAGGCCAUUUCAGACCGUUCCCUUGCAUGGCGCAAUCUGAACCAGCUAGAGGCAGAUCUCAAGGCGAAGAAGGGCAAGCUGUGA